AGAAGAGAGACACCAAGGCAGAAACCAUCCAACUAUCCAGAAGUCCCUUCACAUUCCCAUCCCACUACGUCACAUCCCGGCGACUUCUCCGACUAUUUCCCGGCAAAUCACAGCAAAUAUGAUAAAUGAAUGAAAAUAAUCAGCGAUCAUGUCAGCUUUAUCAUGCACCGACGACUUUUUCCCCGAUUUACUUUGUUGCGAGGACUCGGAAAUAUUGUCAGAAGACUUGCCGGAAUGUUCAUCGGACUUAGAAUCUCCGGCGGAUAUAGAGGAAUCUAUUGCAGUGUUCAUUGAAGAUGAGAGAAAGUAUAUUCCUGGAAAGAGGACUCAUUCGCAGUUUGUUGAUUCAUCUGCUCGAAAAGCAUAUGUUGCAUGGAUUCUCAAGGUGCAACGUUACUAUGGUUUUCAGCCAUUAACGGCAUAUCUCUCUGUCAAUUACCUGGAUCGUUUCCUCUAUUGUCAUCGCUUACCUGAGAGUAACGGGUGGCCGUUGCAACUCUUAUCCGUGGCUUGCUUGUCAUUAGCUGCUAAGAUGGAAGAACCUCUGGUUCCUUCACUAUUGGAUCUUCAGAUCGAAGGUGCAAAAUUUGUAUUUGAGCCAAGAACAAUUACAAGGAUGGAGUUUCUUGUACUCAGUGUUCUUGAUUGGAAGCUAAGAUCCAUUACUCCAUUCACCUUUCUCAGCUUCUUUGCUCACAAGCUUGAUUCUCAUGGAACUUUUACUGGCUUCCUUACCGAUAGGGCUACUGAUAUAAUUCUAUCUAAGAUACAAGAGUCUAGUUUUUUGGAGUAUUGGCCAUCAUGCAUAGCUGCUGCCACUAUUCUAUGUGCAGCCAAUGAUAUUCCAAACUUCUCUUGUAUCACUGCUGGCCAUGCUGAAUCAUGGUGUGAAGGGCUUCAAAAAGACAAUAUUGUAAGUUGUUACCGACUGGUGCAAGAAUGCUGGGUUAAUACUAGGGUAAGGAAGCGAUCAAAAGCGUUGCCACAGAUCCGAGUCAUGACACGGGCAGGUAAAGUGUCAUUUGGUGACUCAGAAUCCUCAUCUUCAUCAACAUCAUCUAUCAAAAGGAGGAGAUUGAAUAACAGUUUGUGGGUAGAUGAUGACAAGGAAACAUCUAAUUAAGGUGCAUGAUAGGAAAAAAACAGAAGGCGGAAUAAUAUCAAUAGACAAUAAGAAAUGAAGAAGGUGACAAAUAUAAUGGUGGUCCAAGAGGUCUACCAUUAGUCCUCGAUAUUUAAUUGAGGUUUUUUGAGUUUUGAAAAGUAGACAUGGAGUGAUGUAGAUUAUUACUUUAAUAUAGGCAUGAAUGGUGAGAGGGCUCUAGAUUCAUUAAUUUUUUUUGGUUAUUGUUGGGCAGUGCCAGUCAUUCAUUAACAUGACUUUGGCUUUGCAGAUUCCCAAGGGACUGGGGAUCAUUUUGUCAAUUUGGUACAUAGUGUUUUGGUGAGAAAGUGAAGAAAGAGUGAGAUUUCAUUUAUUUGUACCAGUGAGUGGGAGUCACUUAUGGACUCUGAAGUGGGGAGGUGUAGAAAUCAAGGGAGACACUGUCCUGUCUUUGAAUGGAACGGAAAACUGGUUGCGGGACCAAUGACAAGGUUUUUAUUUGAAAAGAAGGCAGAUGAAAUUAAUGGCAAGAAAUGAUAUGAUAGGGAGUUUCAUUUUCAUAUAUCUUAUGGAUGACGUGCUUGAAGCAAUGGCCAAUUGCUUUAAUUGCUAAUCCGUAUUUGUUAGAUCUCAGGCAUAAGUUUUUUGUUGCAAGGCUCUAGCGGAAAAUCAAAGUCCACCUCUAUUGUAUAUGAAUUAUUGGGUGCUCGAAAGUCAAGCAGUUCCUAAUCUUGACAAUCGGUAUUGCAACUUGAUCAAAAAGCCUUUCUUUUGAUUGAAAAUGUGGAAGACUAUAGUGAAAAUGAAGGAGAACAAGAUGGCUCCGGCUCCAUGGUUUCUUGUGAGUGCUAUCUAUGCCUUGUGCAUGCUACGGUGUGCUUGUUUCACACUUAUGUGCGUGUGUGUGUGUUUUUUUUGGCGGGAAGGCCUCCCGCUCUAGCAGUCCCGUCUGGAAGCUGGACCUGUUUGAGUUUGGAGCGGGUGCAUUGAUGGUUACAUGCGUAUAUUGUCAUUGUUCUGUUUCUCCACUAUUUUGUUUUAGUUUUUUGGGAGAAAAGUCUCCCUUUGAUGGCUUAAUUUUGGCCUAAUAAUACAAAAGGUCUUUGGGGCCUUUUUCAA